AUGAAAACUCAAAAAACCAAGGACUCAUUUUUCAAAGAGCCAGAAAUAGACCGGUUACAGCGAAACCUAGAGUUAAUCAUCCAAAAGCUAGAAAGGGAAAAGCGAGAGCAUGCUUACUUAGACGAACAAAUAAAAAUCGUCGAAGUCGAGCUAAAUGAGAAGAAAAACUUAAAAAGACUCCCAGAACUAAAAGACAAAAAUUUACAUAAAAAUAUUUUAGCUUUAGAAAGAAAGCUAGAACUUGAAAUAGUCCAUUACAAUGAAGCAUGCUCUGAGAACAAUCUUCUUAAAAACCAAAUUGAAGUCCAUAGGAAUGAUUUGCUGAAUUACAAGCAAAGCCUAUUCCCUUCCAAUAAAAUUUGCAUAUAUAAUUUAUAUUUUUUUAAUAAAAAUAGUAAAUUUUUAUUAAAAUUUAUAAUGGGAGUUAGAGAAUUUGAAAGGAGAUAUCCUGAACGUAUCAGUGCAAGGUGCGAAAAGAAAUUCUCAAUGGAAAGAAAAUAUAGAAGAAGACCAACUUUUUAGGGAAAGAAUUUCGGUACUGCGAAGCAAAAGCGCCAAUGCCAAAACAAGAUAUAGCAACAAAAUCAAUAGCUUAGCAAGCAUAAUAAGAGAAGAGCGAAAUAAUAAAUUGAAAGGAUUGGGGAUCAUUAAAGAUGUUUUUGAGUUUAGAAAUUCAAAACCUGCUGAUAGUUUGGAGCUUAUUCUCUAUUAAAUUAAAAUCAUUACAAUUUUAUAAGAAAAUAAUUAAUUUCUAUGCGUUAUUUUGCUCUUAUAAUAAAAAACAUCAUUAAUUUAUCUAUAAAAAGUAUAGCAGUAUGCUAAGAAAAUUAGUUAAAAAAUGGCAAAAAGCGUUAAAAGAAAGAAAGAUCCUUUUAGAAGGCUAUAAAAAAAAUAUCAAGCUAAUAAAGCUAGCUUUUAGAGAAAUCCAAGCAGCCACAGGCUACGGCAACAUUGACGAUAUAGUCACAGCCUUUAUCAAAAGUGAAGAACAAAUCCACGAAGUCUGACAAUACAUUAACACCUUGAACGGAGAAAUCGACAAUUUAGAAGAAAACUUAAAAGAGGCUACAGAAAAAAUAGAAUCCUAUGAAAAAAAUAAAGAAAAAGGUGAAGUAAAAUGUAUUGAAAAUAAAAAUUAUCUUGAUAAAAGGAAACAGUCAAUGGAGCUAAAAGUCAUCAAAAAAGGCCAAAAAUUCGAAGAAGUCCAAGCUGAGAUUACUAAGCUUUUGCCUAUUGUCAAGGUAAAUUUUAUAUAGAAAAUGUCAAACCUGUGUCAGUCUACCACACUUCCUAUACAGCUUACUACUUCUUAUGUAGAUUCAAUUAAUUUUGAAUCUCUAACAGAGGAUAACAUUCUUCCUAUUCUAGGGCAAAUCGAAGAAUAUUUAAGCUACAUUUUAAUAUCAGUAGCCUAUCAUAAAAAUGAUAAACAUCCUGUACUUAAACCUAUUGCCCUUGAUAUUUUAUUUUAUUUUUUUAAAAAAUUAAGUCGGAAAAUCUGAAGUCAAAAUCAAUUUUUAAUAAAAAAAAGGCUAUGUGUUUAAUAGUAAAAUAUGUAUAAUAUUUAGAAUAAUAUACAAGAAAAAAGUUUUGCAAUAACUCCAACGUCAAUUAGCAAUAUUUUUGACUUUAAAGAUCUGUAUGAAGAUGAAGAAAUUGAUGAUUCCAGGGCUCCUCUUCCUCUAUAUGAACUCAAAGAGAAAGCGAAAUUUAUUUUGGAGACCAAAACUUCAGCUAGCUCCAGAGGACUUUUAAGUGGCUUGCGUAGCAGAACUCCUAACUCCUCUUUAAGAACGAGCAGAACAUUGAAAAAAUGGAAAAUUAGCCUGUUUUAAGAGAGGAAAAAAUUGUUUAUAUUAAUUUUAUAAUGAGAUCUCAGUUAAUAUGCAUUCUUAAACAUUAUUUUUUAAAUUUAAAUAGGUUUUUGAAAAAAAAAUAACCGGCCCUUAAGAAGGAGGGGAAGUAAGCAUUUGCCAUGCAUUACGGAUUAA